UCACUGCCGUUUAGCAUGUUCGGUUGAAUUGUUGGAAGUUUUUCUAAAGCAGCUUGAGAAACUCCUUCCGUCUAAAAUGAGUGAUCAGCAGAGUGAGAUGAGCACUUCAGUGGAAACCGAUGGAGAAUCUCUGAAGAAAACCAACAGUUCAGGCCAAGAAACCCAGCAGCCGUCUCCUUUAGCCCUUUUAGCUGCCACGUGCAGUCGAAUAGAUGAAAAUGACACACAACAGGAAGCAGCUCAGAUUGAUGUAAGCUCCACUCAGAUGUCUCAGAACGCUAACGGCUGGCAGAUUAUCCCUCAGAUCAUUCCUCAGAUAAACAGCAGCUGUGAUAAAGGCGGGCCUCAGAAGCCGGGCAGCGGUGAGACGGAGCAGCAGCAGUUUGUUUUGUCUCCUACAGCGUUACAGGGUCAGCAGGUCCUCACGGCACUGUCUGGGGUUUUACCCAAUAUUCAGUACCAGGUCAUUCCUCAGUUUCACACUGUGGACGGACAGCAGCUCCAGUUCACUCAGACUUCCCAUGAUGCUUCUGGAACAGGAACGGGGCAGAUACAGCUUGUUUCAUCAACCAAUGGGAGCCAGCCUCUCAUUACCACAGCAGGCAGUCAGACUGCAGGAAGUGGAAACAUCCUCACAGUUCCUGGGGUGAUUCCUCUCCAUAACCUCACAUUGGGAAACUCAGUUCUGACCAAUCAGACGCCAUUUAUUAACAUGCCUUUAGCGCUCAAUAACUUCACUCUACUUCCUGUUAGCACAGGAGCCAACACACUGAAAAGUGAUGACGUGUCCAAUGGAGCCAAUCAGCACGUUGUCCAAAAUCAACAGACAAUAGCAGCAGCCUCCACAUCAGAGUGUGUCAGCAGCACACACACUGUGAGCACACACGCUCCCAGUUCGUACACAGACGUUGUUUCAGCUCCAAACAGCACUGUGACCGCCAACACGUUCCAGAACGUCACUGCAGGAAUCUCAGUCCAGUCUGACGGCAGAGAUGCGCAGCAGAUCCUUAUCCAGCCUCAGCAACUCCUUCAGGGUACAUCCACUUUACCAACCGUCCAAUCAGGAGCCAUUCCUGCAAGCCAUGUGAUUGCUGCACACACUCUUCCUCAAGAUGGCCUGCAGGGCCUUCAGAACCUGCAGCUCCCGUCGAUCAAUAACGGGCCGAUCCUGCUGAGGACGGUGGGGCCGAACGGGCAGGUCAGCUGGCAGACGCUUCAGCUGCAGAAUCCUGCUGGAGCUCAGAUCACUGUGGCAUCACUCCCUUCUGUGACAUCGGUUCCUUCACUCACACAGCCUGGCACCAUUAACCUGAACAGUGCUGGACUGCAGAUGCAUCAACUACAAGAAGUUCCGAUCACCAUCAACACUGCAGGUGAUCAGGGAGCUGCAGGAGACGUCAUGGAUGAGUCCUUGCUGGAUCAGAGUUUAGACACAACUCCACCGAGUCGCCGCUCCCGCAGGGAAGCGUGCACAUGUCCAUUCUGCAAAGAUGGAGAUGGACGCACUGACCCCAGUAAGAAGAAACAGCACAUCUGCCACAUCACGGGCUGUGGGAAGGUUUAUGGGAAGACGUCUCACCUGCGGGCGCACUUGCGCUGGCACUCGGGUGAGCGGCCGUUCGUCUGCACUUGGCCUCACUGCGGAAAACGAUUCACCCGCUCAGACGAACUGCAGAGACACCGGCGCACACACACUGGUGAAAAGAAGUUUUCAUGUCCAGAGUGUCCAAAGCGCUUCAUGCGUAGUGAUCACCUGUCCAAACAUGUUCGUACUCACACGAAGAAGAAGCCGAUGGGGAGCGCAGAGAGUGGGCCAGACCAGACACUUCUUACCAUGGAGACGCUGUCACCAGACGGCAUGGCGCGGUUAGCAAGCAGUGGUAUCAAUGUAGUGCAAGUGGGAGACAUGCAUCCCAUUAACCUCAACACUAACGGCUUCUAACCGCCAUUAAUCAGGUGAGACAUCACCCAGGUAUUACUGUUAUUGUUCUUUACCUGCAGUUAACCUCUCUCUCUGUGUGUCUCUCUCUCUCUCUCUCUCUCUCUCUCUCGUGCGCAGGUUCUGAGGUGGCUGAGAUUGUUGUAUAUGUUUUUCCUUUUUAAAAACAACCCCAAAGCCAUUAAAUAGUCAUUUAGCUGUCCUUAAGCCCUCGUUAAGCCAUUAUGAUGUCACACGUUUGUCAGAGUGAAUAAUUUAAACACUUAUUGCUUUGUUUUUGUAUAUAAAUUAUAUUUUUCUAAACUCUGUGCCGUUGUGUUGUGUGAUUCAUGCACAAUCUUAAAUGUUUUAUAUCAGAUUAACUAGCAUGAGAGCUUACUGCCGUGUGUGCAUAUACAGACAUGAACACACACUGAUCCCAUGCACUCUGUAUCAUGCUUCUGCUCAAUAAAUCAUCUUUCUGUAAUUAAA